ACGUUUGUCUAGCCGCAGCGUCAACUGCGGCUGUGCCGCGCCCGUUGAAAUUGAUUUUUGCGCACGUGCGCUGAACAGAUUGAUCCCGCGACGUUUCGUGUCGAGUUAAAGGUGGUGUUUCGACUUAACUAAUCGUAAGUUCGAUUAAUAUUCAUAUACGUUCGAGCGAUAUUGACACCGAUUGUAAUCGACUUUACCAAUAAGACACUGCAGUACCGUGUAAUAUUAAUUAUGGAAAAAAUUCAUUGAGUGAAACAGUUGGAGUCACGCAGCAACGACGACCAUUGAUUGACUUGUUAUUGGCUACAUCUUGACGGAAGCUUGCGUCAAAGUUUCAUCCCAGAUAUCUGUUUUGAUGAUAACAAACUUUUCAUUCAAGGAUGUCUUUUAGCACCGAGGAUGCAAUGAGGUUUAAAGAAAGUUCAAUGUCAAACGUUUGCACGGCAUUACCGAAGCUUUGUAACAAUAUAGAAUUGGGCCAGUGGUGGCACUGAAAGACAUCGCUAUGUUCGAAAGAAGGUUCCUAAACACAGUAGCUAAUCAUGUACGGGUUAAUCCUGGAAAAUUUGUCCGAGUAUAUAAAGCAAGUGUACGGCGAAGAUCGUUGGGAAGAGAUUCGUCGACAGGCAUCCGUCGAGCAGCCCAGCUUCAGCGUUCACCAGGUCUACCCUGAGAACCUGAUACCUCGAUUAGCCAAGAAGGCCAUUCAGGUGCUGGGCAUCACGGAGAAGGAAUUCUUCGACCAGAUGGGCGUCCACUUCGUUGGAUUCGUAGGGCAGUACGGCUACGAUCGAGUCUUGUCGGUCCUCGGCCGUCACGUAAGAGACUUCCUCAACGGUCUGGACAACCUUCACGAGUACCUGAAGUUUUCUUACCCGCGAAUGCGAGCUCCGUCGUUCAUAUGCGAGAACGAAACGCGCCACGGCUUGACACUCCACUACAGAAGCAAAAGACGGGGAUUCGUCUACUACACGAUGGGUCAGAUUCGCGAGGUGGCUCGACAUUUUUACCACAAGGAAAUGCGGAUCGAACUCGUCCGCGAGGAGGUGCUCUUCGACACUGUGCACGUCACCUUCAACCUCACAUUCGACAACCGGGCUUUCACGUUCGCCUCUCUUGCCAUGACACGGGAAGAAAAGCACCUGCCAAUCGGGGCUUCGGUUCUCUUCGAGAUAUUUCCGUUCUGUAUUGUCUUCGGGUCCGACAUGGUCGUUAGAAGUCUGGGAAACUCCUUGAUGGUGAUCCUGCCCGAACUUUUGGGCAAAAAAAUCACGCACUGGUUCGAUCUAGUGAGACCAUUGAUCGCCUUCAAAUUCCAAACGAUACUGAACCGUACGAACAACAUUUUCGAACUGGUUACCGUUGAGCCGGUGCUUACAGAGCGACCACCGGAUCGCCAUAGGAAUGAAAUAAUGCUAAGCGACGCGAUGGAAAAUCCUGAAGACAAAACGCUGAGGUUAAAAGGGCAAAUGAUUUACAUGGACAAUUGGAGGAUGAUGAUGUACCUAGGAACACCGGUGAUGCCGGACCUGAACGCCCUGAUAACAACCGGACUUUACAUAAACGAUUUAUCGAUGCACGACUUCAGCAGAGAUCUGAUGCUCGCCGGUACCCAGCAGUCGGUUGAACUCAAGCUGGCACUCGACCAAGAACAACUCAAAAGCAAAAAGCUCGAGGAGUCGAUGAGGAAGCUCGACGCCGAGAUGAAACGAACGGAUGAAUUGCUCUAUCAGAUGAUACCGAAACAAGUCGCUGACCGACUUAGAAACGGCGAAAGUCCAAUCGACACGUGCGAAAUGUUCGACUCCGUGUCGAUUCUCUUUUCGGACGUGGUUAGUUUCACCGAAAUAUGCAGCCGAAUCAGUCCGAUGAAAGUUGUAUCAAUGCUGAACGCUAUGUACUCGAUAUUCGACACCCUCACCGAGAGGAAUCGGGUAUACAAGGUUGAGACCAUCGGCGAUGCCUACAUGGUGGUUUCCGGAGCACCGGACAAGGAACACGACCACGCCGAUCGAGUCUGCGACAUGGCUUUGGACAUGGUGGAAGCGAUAACCGACCUAAAGGAUCCAUCCACAGAGCAGCAUUUGCAAAUUCGUGUUGGUGUGCACAGCGGCGCGGUGGUCGCGGGAAUUGUGGGAUUAAAAAUGCCGCGUUACUGUCUAUUCGGCGAUUCGGUGAACACCGCGUCGCGUAUGGAGGCAACGAGCGAAGCGAUGCAGAUCCACAUAUCGCAGCCGACGAAGGAGCUUCUGUCGCCGUCGUACAAAGUCACGGAACGCGGGGAAAUUCAGGUGAAAGGCAAAGGUUCGAUGAAAACUUAUUGGCUCGAGAAGCGGGAAGAGCGUUCACAGAUGACGAAGGGUAUCUCGAUCUGCGAGCCACCUCUGUGGCAGAAUUGUGCUGUGAAAAAACGGAUGUCGAUAAGCGGAGUCGGGUCCAGCCUCAGGAACGAGCGGAAGGCGGAAAACAACUCAGCGUCGACGAGGACCUCCAGGGUUUCGUCCCCGGCACCGGCCAGUUCGAAUUCCGGGAUCCUCUGCGAGGACAGGCGAAUUUACUCGCCAAUUACCUUCCAGGACGUCGCGCAACGCUCCGUCGCAAAUUCGCCGAUAAAGAGUGUCGACGUGAAAGGUUUCCGUUCGAAUUCCGUAGGUGCGGUAUCGGCAAUCGUUCGUAGUCCUGCGGACAUAUUUGGAUCCCUAUUGUCGGACACUGAGGAGCAUUUCCGUUUGCACAGGGACGGCGCGACGUCGCCGCAACACCGUAGCGCCGAUACGAGGUCCGUAACAUCGUCAAAAAGUGAUCGUACCAGGGGUAAAUUGACCCCGGAGGAAGAGGUCAAGGGUCACAAGAGGGACACGUCGAACUUCAACUUGAACUCCGCCGACGGUUUGGCCGGGAUUCCCAGUUGCGAAUUCUCUCUCGUCGCUGACCCAGAUGCUCCCGACAAUCGACAUCUGCCUAUUAAUCAGGACCAAUGCUGCCCGGGUUUCGCUCUUACCAAAAGCGGCAAACCGCGGCAUCAAAGCAACGCUUGCGUUAUUUUUUAAAUCGAUGCAACAUUUGUUAUAUGUGAUAUACAUGUGAAACACAUAUAUCUCGAUUUUAAUGAUUAUACGUUGAUACUUCACUUCACUUCAUUUUUUUUUUUU